CCUCGUUCCUGACAUUAUUUCGGUUGGCUUUUUAAUACAGUUUCAAAGGUGUUUUUUUUAAAUAAAAAUAAAUAAAAUUUGAACUUAUUUAUGCCGCCAUUUUGUUACUGGGGUAACGGUCCAAAGUUACCCGUAUGUAAACAACUUUGUAUGACAAACGGAUUCAAAAAUAUGCGGACCCUUUGAUGGUCACAUGACAUGAAAAUGGCGGAAGGACAGUGGUUGGCUCUUGUCUUGUGUAUAACUUCAGUUUACCAUGUGACUUGUCUUAAUAAUGGGUUAGCACUGACCCCACCAAUGGGCUGGUUGUCAUGGGAACGGUACAGAUGUAUCACUGAUUGUGAAACAUAUCCAGAUGAUUGUAUAAGUGAAAAGCUAUACAUGGAAAUGGCCGACUUGCUAGUAUCUGAAGGUUACAAGGAUGUAGGAUACCAGUACAUUAAUAUUGAUGAUUGUUGGAUGUCUAAAGAAAGGGAUGGAAGAGGGUCCCUCGUAGCAGACCCAGAGAGAUUCCCACAUGGCAUUAAACAUCUAGCUGAUUAUAUACAUUCAAAAGGGCUGAAAAUGGGUAUAUAUGAGGACUUUGGAACAAAGACAUGUGGUGGUUACCCAGGUAGCAAGUUUUACCUGCAGGAAGAUGCAGAAACAUUUGCCUCAUGGGGUGUUGACAUGCUUAAACUAGAUGGUUGUUACACUAAUGCAGCAGAUUAUGAAUAUGGUUACCCGAUUAUGGAGUUCUUUUUGAACAGAACAGGACGACCAAUGUUGUUUUCCUGCAGUUGGCCUGCGUAUAUAUCUAAUCCUGAUUAUGUAAAGAUAGCAAAAUAUUGCAAUAUUUGGCGUAAUUAUGCUGAUAUAGGGGAUUCGUGGGACAGUGUACGAGGUAUUAUAGACUUUUAUGGAAAGGAUAAAGGGAACUUCAGUAAAGUGGCUGGACCUGGUCAGUUUAAUGAUCCUGAUAUGUUAAUAAUAGGAGACUAUGGGUUAAGUUAUGAACAACAGAGAACACAGAUGGCGCUGUGGUCAAUGAUGGCUGCACCAUUGUUCAUGUCUAGCAAUUUGAGAAAAAUGCCCGGAAAGUCAAAGGCUUUACUGCAGAACAAGAGAGCUAUAGCCAUAAAUCAGGACCCAUUUGGGAUACAAGGAACAAGAAUAGAUAUGAUUGGAAAAAACAUUCAAGUUUGGACAAAGCAGAUAUCACCUAAAGGGAAAUCCUUUGCAUUCACAUUUCUUAACACUGAUGAGGGUGGUAGUCCUACAAAGAUUAGCUACCCUUUGAAGAAGCUAGGUGCCAUAGCUCCUGCAGGAUACAAUGUUACUGAAGUUUUCUCAGGUGCUUUUGUUGGAAUGUUCAAGCCUCAAGACAGCCUUAAUGUCAGUGUAGAUCCAACUGGAGUGUUCUUCGGCAAGGCCAAGUUCCUUGGUUAGAUACCACUGUGAUAUAGACAUACAACAGCAACUUAUUUUAUACAUUCCAGAAUUAUUUUUGUAACACAAAGACAGUAUUGUUUUUUUUUUCUCUAGUCUUUGUUCAGCAUUCUUCUCGGUUAACCCUUACCUUAAUCUGGGUUACUGGAUGGAUGUAUAAAUGUCGGUAUGGACAACAAUCAAUCAUAACCAGUACCAGUAUUGUGUUUCCUUUUUCCCUAUCAGUUACCCAGUCUUGUUGGAACAGAAAAUAAUUAGGUAGCCUUUGCCAUUCUUGCAGACUGACCAAGCUCUGUUGGCUAAAAAAAAUUCAUCAUGAUUUCUUUUAAAACUGAUCAUGUACAUAUCCAAAACUGGAAGCUGGACAAAUCCGUUUAUAUAAAAAUAAUCUGGAUAAGGGUAAAAGUUUAUCAUGUGCCAUUUACCAAAGACUAUUGUCAUAAUCUCAUUCUCAUGUUUACAGAGGUUAAAACUGGAGGAAAUGAAUUUUCUAAAUCUCGUUGUACCAAAAUCUCAAAAUGACUUUAACACUUAAAUGUAUUUGAUAAAGUUAUUAUAACUUUUUUUCCUUUUAAUGAUUUUUCAGCAAUAUACAUGUAUUAUCUAUUUUUCAAAUAAACAGUCAAAAUUAUCA